UUACGUCUUAUUUACUCACAGUGUUAUCUCUCUUGGCUGGCGACCUAAUAAUGUUUAUGCUAGUGUCAGCAGGUCAUUGGAUUUAUUUUUGGCCACUCACUGCGCUGUAUUGUCUCUACUGAGGAGGUGCAGGGCAUAGGAUUAGCGAUCCCUGUCUCUCCCACCCUUUCUCUCUGUCUCUCAUAGGGGCAGUGAUCAAGCUUAGUAGUAAAGUACUCGCUUUGUAAUCACUGACUGUUCCUCUGCUCUCGGCCAGGAUGGUCCUUCAUCAUACCCAUCCUUCGCUUUUUUAAAACCAACUUUGUAAGGUAGAACAAUGGAUCUCAUGGUCAGAGCUGAAGACAGGUUGAAGAGGAUCAGAGACAAGGACAGUUGUCCGUUGGAAAGAGUAGGAACUAAAUUACAUAACUGGAUUAAUAAAACAUGGCUGUAAACUUUUAAAGUCUUAGGAAUUCUGUUUUGUUGGGACUCAAAACUUCUUGUGGAAUUUUCUAAAAUUUCCUUUUGGACUGUUUUGUCAACAAUCUUGAGGACUUGUAAUGCAGAUGUUUUUCUCGGCGGGCUUUGGACUAUGGUUAGAACUUACAGUUGGGGUUUAUCCAGGUUUGCUGUAAUGUUGCUGUAUGGACUUUAUAAGGUCACAGUUUGUUAAAGUGUGAAAGGGAUAAACUACUAACAGUUGCAUUAUUAGUGGUAAAUGCAGUGCUUAAAUGAACUCUACUUAAAAAGGUUUUUUGAUAAAGCUAGUCUUGUGUAAUAAUACCCUCAUGGCUUCUGAGCCUUGCCCUCUGACUGGAGCAGAAAGAGCUGUGUGUAGACUGGUCCACUGUGGUGCCCGACCUCAUGCUAUACUAAGGCCUCUACAUCUGGAGCUUCAGGUGUAUGUGGACAAAACACGGACCAAGCAAAAACACAGGAUGGAGGCCUCGUGCUUAGAAUUGGCCUUGGAAGGAGAGCGGCUAUGCAAAGCUGGGGACUUUAAAGGGGGAACAGCAUUUUUUGAAGCAGCCGUGAAGGUUGGCACAGAAGACCUGAAGACCCUCAGUGCCAUCUACAGCCAGUUGGGCAAUGCAUACUUCUACCUUAAGGAAUAUGGCAAAGCCUUGGAAUACCACAAACAUGACCUUACCUUAGCCAGAACAAUAGGAGACCGAAUUGGAGAAGGAAAAGCCAGCGGCAACCUCGGUAACACUUUAAAAGUAUUAGGCCGCUUUGAUGAGGCUGCUGUCUGCUGCCAAAGACAUCUUGAUAUUUCUCAAGAACAGGGUGACAAGGUUGGAGAGGCCAGAGCACUGUAUAACAUGGGGAACGUGUUUCAUGCAAAGGGCAAACAACAGUUGUGGGGCUGCACCCAGGAACCAGGAGACCUACCUCCUGAUGUCAGAGACACACUGCAAAGGGCUACUGGAUUUUACGAGAUGAACCUGUGUUUGGUCAAAGAGCUUGGUGACCGAGCUGCUCAGGGGAGAGCCUACGGGAACCUGGGCAACACCCAUUACCUGCUGGGGAACUUUGUAGAGGCUAUCAAGUUCCACCGUCAGCGAUUAUCCAUUGCCAAAGAAUUUGGGGACAAAGCAGCCGAGCGGCGAGCUUACAGUAAUCUAGGCAAUGCUCUGAUAUUCCUGGGACAGUUCAACACAGCCACUGAGUACUACAGGAAGACUCUACAGCUGUCCAGGCAGCUGAGGGACCAGGUGAUGGAGGCUCAGGCGUGCUACAGCCUGGGAAACACCUAUACUCUUUUGCAGCAGUAUGAGAGGGCCAUAGACUAUCACCUCAAGCAUCUGUACAUAGCCCAGGAGCUUACAGAUAGGGUUGGAGAGGGUCGUGCAUGUUGGAGUCUGGGAAAUGCAUAUGUGUCUUUAGGGAACCACAAACAAGCUCUCUACUAUGCCAGAAAGCACCUGGAAAUCUCUAAAGAAAUUGGAGACAGAAAUGGUGAACUGACAGCCAGGAUGAAUGUGGAUCAGCUGAUGGAGGCUCUGGGAGUCACUGAGAGCGACCUUUCACCCUCAAGUUCAGAGUUUGAGAUGCAAGGAGCAAGACCCAAAUUCACCAAGAGAAACAGCAUGGACAGUGUAGAACUGUGGAAAUACUCUUCAGAUAAGAAUGGUGAGAACCAAGAUUUGGAAAGUAUACCAAGGAGAUCCAAAAGUCAUCUGUCACAGCCUAGCAAAAGAAAAGGCUGUUCUGACAGCCAGUCUUCAGAGGAAAGGCUGUGGUUUGACUCUCCUGUGGACACUGAUGACAUCACUGUGCAAGUUCCUCCAGUGCCAAAACUGGGCCGUGACCCCUCUGAUGAAGACUGCUUCUUUGACCUCCUCAGCAAAUUCCAGAGCAGCCGCAUGGAUGACCAGCGCUGCCAUCUCGAUGAGCCACAGAAUGGAGAAAACAGAGAAGGUGCUGCAAACUCCAUGUCGUCCCUGAGUGAGAUAAUAGAUCCUGCAAUUACCACAUCUCCCCAGACAGAGGAGCUGUUUGAUUUGAUUGCCAGCUCUCAGAGUCGACGUCUCGAUGACCAGCGAGUUAAUGUUGGUAACCUUCCAGGCCUGAGGAUUACCCAUAACAACCUGGGUCACCUGGUGGGAGAGACAGAUCAUCAAGAGCCCAGUGAUGACUUCUUCAACAUGCUUAUCAAGUGCCAGUCAUCGAGGAUUGAUGAUCAGCGGUGCUCCCCACCAGAAGCAGGCCCCCAUGCCCCUACGGUGCCUGAUGAAGACUUCUUCAGUCUAAUCCAGAGGGUGCAGGCCAAGCGUAUGGACGAGCAGCGCGUCCACCUACCCACUGACGACCAGGACAGCCCUCCAUCCCCCAGUCCAGAGCCAGCUAGUGGAUUUUCCAGCUAGGAUUUGGUGAAUGAUGCUUCAUGUUAAAGAAAAAUAGAAGGCAGAAGAAUGAAAAGGAUGAGCCAACAUUUAAGGACAGUACUAAAGGGUGAAUUAACAAGCUUUUUAAUAACAAGACAAAUUCAAUGUGCAAUAGAUGUUGCCCUGUUAAAUGUUGCUCGCUGUAUUAUGUUAAAUGUAUGUAAAUAUAAUGGUAAACGGGCAGAAUUUAACCUCGGUGGUGCAGAGAAGAGGAAGAUGCAAGUGUGGGGUGACAUGGUUAAGAAUAUGAAAUAUGUAUUCAAUCUAAUGCCUUAAUUAGCAUUUUUUUUUUUUUUAAAUCUGACUCAAGAUUGUAUUCCCUUGUCAGAUGUGUUGUUUUUUUUUUUUUUAAGAAGCGCAUUGUCGACAUACAUUAUCAUAUGAAUGCUUACAGUAUGAGUUGUGGAAGGCACAAAAAUGUUUUUAUAGAAACAGUGUUGACAUUAGAGAUUUGCACAAAGAUCUUAACAACAUAACGGAUGAUGCUAAAUUUUAGACAGAUGUAUCUGAACUGAAUUAUGCUCUGAUCAAUGCUGCUUUUAUCACUGAAUUUUUGUGCUUCCCACUGCUCAUAGAAAAAUGGUGUUAUUUAUGCAGUUACAGUAUUAGGGUUUCACCCACCCAGUAUUAAAAAAACAAACAAACAAAACACUGCUUUGGUCAAUUUGAACGUUUUCCUAUUUGAUAACUGCACUCCAUCCACAGGAAGUGAUAAUAUUUGUUUAAAUUAAAAGACUUAAAUCUGAUUUCCCACAGAAAUGUUAUUUAUGUGAAUUCAUGCAUUUUUCUAUUUUGUAGAUUCAAAACUAAGAGUGUGUGAUAAUUUAAUCUCCCAUUUAUGUUUCUGCUUGGCUUUUAAAGUGGUUCUUUCUGCUGCCCUUGAUGUUCUAAAAAUCUGAGAAUGGACUACUACUUACUGCCUUUAUUAUUACUUAGAAGCAAAAAGAUGAGACAGAGGUGUCAUAUUUUUGGAAACUCUAAUGCCACAAGCAGUGCUAACUCUAUGUUGCUGGUAUAUGUUGCCUCUCAGUGGCCAAAAUUGAGAAUUACCUCUGUGGAAUCAAGAGUGCAGUCUGUCAGGGAUAACAGGCACUGCCUGUUCUUGAAUAUUUGAAUGAUUAUAUUAUAAUAAUUACCUUCUGUUCUACACAGACUCUGCAAACAAACUUAUUCUGACCUGUACCCUAAAUGUUAAGGGUUAAGUUUAAAAUGCACCGUGAAACCCAGCUACAACCAGGUUAACUUUCCUGUUUGUUACAAAAUUCUGAAGAGGUCCAAACUGCAGAAAGGAUUAUUUUUAUUUUAUUUUAUUUUUGGCUAAGAGCUUGAAAUAAUUUUAUUGUACAAAGUGACUGCAUCAUGGCACCGAAGAUAUUUGACCUUACCUAGUGGCUUGCUUUUUUUAAAAUUCAAAAGUAGUACCUCAAAGCUUAUAUGAACCUUAGAUAUACUGACUUCUGAACCAGGCUGGAUCAUGUACCAUAGUGGAUAUGUUUGAUUCAUCUCUCUUUGAUAAACAACACAUUGGGAGCUACAGUUAAAAUUUUCUUGUCAUGUUUUUUGUGAAUGAACAUUUUUUUUGGACAGUACAUGGUACGCUUUGAUUUGUCUUUGCCAUAAUUUGUAUAUAUAAAGAUAUUUUGUAUUUAUGUUCCUUUUAAGGGCAUGAAUAUGUUCCCUCAUGCUUUUAAUAAAACGUUUGCAAAGUUUA